UUUCCUUCGCAUUGUACCGGGGAGUUCAAGCCUUUCCAUGUUUCUUGGAUAAAGUAUAGAAAUUUACAUUUAGUUUACUUUUGCCCGCGUUCUACUGUUUCUAUCAUGUCCCGUGUUACAAAAAUUAAACAUGUGCUCAAGGAACAGGAAGCGGACGACUUCGAUGUGCCCAGAGAAAACCAACAAAUCGUGCGCAUUGUCGCUAGCCGGGGCAACAACUUGCACGAGGUUGAAACGGCACAGGACGGCGAGGAGCGGUUCCUGGUCUCGAUGCCGGUCAAGUUUCGUAAAAAUGUGUGGAUCAAGCGUGGCAAUUUCGUGCUGGUGGAACCGAUCGAGGAAGGCAACAAGGUGAAGGCUGAAAUUUGCCGCAUCCUCACCCCGGAACACAUCAAGGUGUUCGAAAAGGAAGGCGUUUGGCCGCGAAAGUUUAGCAGAAAGCGCGAGCUGGAAGAUGAUUUGGAUGAGGAUGGGCUAUUUCGAAAUACGAAUCGCAAAUUUCUUGCCCAGAGCUCGGACGAUGAUGAUGAUGAGGACGAGGACGAGGACGACGAUGAAGAGGAAAAUGAAGAUGACGACCAAGAGGAGGUGGAAAAACCGGAGGAAGGUGAAAAUGCCGCGUCAAGGGCAACCAAUAACGGACAGAAAUUGUCCUCGAUGGACCGAUGAGCCGAAAACAAUCGUUUAAUAGUCCGGUUUUAUCUUGGUAUUAUGCGGCGAUGCUUUUAUUGUUUAGUUGUUAAGAAUUAUCAAAAACUGCUGAAGAUACAUAUGUUUGUACAUUUGUAAGUGUAUGUACUUGACUCUUUUAUUUGAAAGAAUUUCCUUUCAAACGGUUAUAUAUGUUUAUUUUGACUUUGGCUUUUGUGAGAGAAAGCUAGAUAUCCCGAUAGAACAAGAUGUAGCAUAUACCUUCCAAUUAUUUUCUUAUUACAUACGACAUUGUAAUGCUAUUAUUCGUGCGAUCAGAAAACAUCGAUCAUGCGAUCUUAGAGAGAGCAUAAAAGCAGAAUGACAAUGGGCUACGCAUGCCAAUUGCACUAUACAUAUGUGGCACGAGAAACAGGGUUAGAGCAGAUUUAAGCGAGCUCCCUGAACUACAUCGACAGCACUUUUUUUAAUUAUUUAAUGCUAAAAUGGAUGCAACGGCAAAUCCA